UUAAUUCUCCUCCGAACAAGCGUAGCCUCGUCCUUCAAUAUUGAUUGAAGGAGGAGAGAGAAUUUUCUAAUGAACAGGCGAAUUUUCGGACGCCUCAUUCCGCUGCCAGAAUCGACGGUGACGCCUCUCAUCGUCUAUUUCAAGACUAGCGUUGACGAGGGGUUGCUUGACCCCUACGAUCUGAGCUUCUAGACGAGCCUAUUCCCUUUGGAGUAUCUGGAGUAUCGAUAAUGGGAACAAUCGAAUUACCAUCGAACGCAGGACACGAGAAGCACAAGUCGUCAUCCGGAAGAUUCGACCGGAAUUGUACAAAAGUGAACUAUUGUUUUGUGUUGUUUUUUUAGUUGUUUGGUUUUUUGAAACAUUUAUGGGCGAAAAUGGAGUACCUCAUCGCCAAUGUUGAACAUCUUAAAUUUGAUAUUGAAAUUGCCUUGGAUGAGCAAUAUGGAGCACUUCCGCUGCCGUUCACCGGCAUGGACAAAUCCACUGCCGCUGUCUGUCAAUUUUAUCCUCGCGGAGCCUGCAACAAAGGUGGCUCCUGCCCAUUCAGGCAUGUCAGAGGUGAUCGGACCAUCGUCUGCAAGCACUGGCUUCGAGGACUCUGUAAAAAGGGAGAUCAGUGCGAAUUUCUCCAUGAAUACGACAUGACGAAAAUGCCGGAGUGUUACUUCUACUCGAGGUUUAACGCUUGUCACAACAAGGAGUGCCCAUUUUUACACAUAGACCCUGAGACUAAAGUCCGAGACUGUCCGUGGUAUGACAGAGGAUUCUGCAGACAUGGUCCACUCUGUCGUCACAGACACGUGAGACGUGUCCUCUGUAUGGCAUAUUUAGCUGGAUUUUGCCCUGAUGGACCCAAUUGCAAAUUUAUGCACCCUAGAUUCGAGCUGCCCGCCGUUCAAGAUAUGCAACCGAAGGAGGGUAAAAAAGUGAUGAUAACGUGUCACUUUUGUGGCGAAAGUGGCCACAAAGCAAUUUACUGCAACAAAAUGCCAGCUGAAGUACGUGAGGCACAAGUUAGGCAGGAGCUAGAAGGUGGUGGACCUCAUCAACACAACUAUCACAUGAGCAUGCACAAUGGGCCAUCUCCCCGAGGGCCACAGAAACCCCUGGAGGAGGUCACGUGCUACAAAUGUGGAACGAAGGGACAUUAUGCUAACAAAUGUCCUAAAGGACAUUUGGCAUUCCUCAGUCAUGCUGGCAGUGGUGCCCCUGCGGGCAAUCCGAAUCCUGGAUACAGGAGGUGAAUUCAUUAGGUGUCAAUUGUCGUGAUCAGUUACAACCAAGGUUAUUGACACAUGAGAAAAAUUAAAAGACGGUUGCUCUGCUAUUGACCUGUGAAGUGAUGGAGUGAGUGGAAUUUUUUUAAUGUGUUUUGGAAUUUGAGGGAGAACGAUCGAUUUCUUUCGAGGAACAGUUACUAUCUGAAAUUCAGAAAACUAUUUUCAAUUGAUCAUCUCGGUGAGGAUAGUGACCAAUGUAGGGUUCAGAGUCCUUUGACCCUUAAUCCUAAAUGUCCUUAACAGUUGAACGACUCAAAACAAUUUAAUUGUUCAGAAACCACAAUUUAAAUUAGAUCGUUUUACAAAUUGUACAAAAGUAUUGAACCUGGAGGUUGUGCUCGAAUAUCUGUGAUUCUCUUUUGUAGAGAAUUUUCUCCUCCGCGAUAAAUUCCAAAAUACUACUGGAAAAUUCAAUAUUUCCCCAAUAUCACUACUAAUUCCACUUCGCAAGACCUCGUCUCUAUAUAAAGCAAAAGAUAAAGAAAUAAAAGAUAUUUUGGAGAAAAAUAAUGACGAAGUUAUGAAAAACAGAUUUAUUCCAUGAAAGUUAAAAUCAAAUUAAUUUCAUACAUUUCCAUGAACAUAUUGCAUUAUUGAGAUUGUAUAACAAUUGAGUAUUCGUGCAUGAAAAUCAAUUGCAUCUUCAAAUUACAUCUCAUUAUUCAUUAUUCACCGGAUAAAUUUUUCCGAAGAACAAUUGAGUUCUGCAAUUGAAAUUGUCGAUUAAAGUAAUAGCACAUCAUUGUAAAUAUCUUCAUAAAACAUUCAACUAGUUACGGCAAAAUCAACUCAAUUAUUCGUUCGAAUUCUUCAAUUUCUUUUCCCUAUUUAUGUUAAAUAAUAAUAAAAAGACUCUUGGAAAUCUUUCGACUUUUAUUUUCUCGAGCAGUUGUGACGUGGUUCACAGUCAUUUGCAUGAAUUUGAGAUCUAAUGAUUUUUUAGUAAUGAUAGUCAUGAUCGAGUGAUAAAUGCAAAAAACCUCGUAUUUUUCUUAAAAACUUGAAAAAAACGUAUUACAAAUUUGGUUCUUAACUACUUGAGUUCCAGAUUCAUUAAUUACAUAUAUUUAUACUAUUGCGAUCCUGCAGGUGUAGAAUUAUUUAUCAAAAUUAUCAGUUGAUGAAAAUUAACAUAAAACAUGUACAGUGACUCUGUUUUUACAUAAUUUUUAAAUACUCGAAGGUUUGACAGUCGUUGACAAUAUUUUAAUGCAGAUGAAAAUUAUUGUCUUGUGAUAUUCUAUUAUGGAAAUUGAAUAAUAAAUUCUAUACUUGUAGGAUCCACAUACUACGAGUACGAAAUUCAGCGAGACUGGGGCAGAAUGAAAUGCUAAGAAAAACAAUGAUUUAGAACAAUUUUUUGUUUUUUAUUAGGGGUCUAACGAUCUUGGUUGCGAUUUCAACCCUAAAAGCCAUCAAGGGCCUCUACUUGACCCUCAAAUAAAGGACAAAAAAAUUGUCUUUGAUUAUGAAAAGUGAUAAUUUCAUUCUGACUCACUCUGCUUCAUGAACUGUCAACAGGAAGUAAAAAUUCCGCAAUUCAUUAUACACUAUUUUCUCCGGAAGAUAACGGUUUUCCUCUGGUCUUCCUCUUUCAACUGAAGCCAGUGACAUAAUUGUUGAAAUGAUGUACAAAAUUGUAUAAUUUUAGAAUUUGGAAAUUCAUCAGUUAACGUUAAGUACUUUUCUUUGUCAUUCUGGUGGUGAUGAAUGUCAGUAUAAUACGUUGAACAAUUGAUGAAGGUCACUUUCAUAUUAGUUCUAGGAUUUAUGGCUUCAGUCGUUCAUAUUAAUCAAUAUUUACCCAAUCGCGGAGAGAUAUAACUGAAGAAGGAAACUGAAUUGGAAGUAAAAUUCAUAGAAUGGAAUUUAUUACAUUGAGUUUCUAAACCAGAUGACUUUUCUAAUUUCUCGAGUUUUUUUUAUUUAGAAAAUUAUUCUUUAGAGGAAUUUGUCUGAAUAAAUAAUUUUUUUGAAGAAACGUUUCUGCGAGAAGAGUCUCAUAUAAUUCAUUCAGGUAUACCCCUCCACAGGUGAAUUAAAUUCAACAGAUUGUUGAAGUGCAGAGAGAAUCAACAAAUUUCCAGCCUCUAGAAAAUUAUCAACUUCACAAACACUUUAAUUACGAUUUACUCUUCUAACUUUCACAAAUCAUCAAUAGAAGUCAAUUUUUCAUUUCUGUCAACUAUCCAUUUAUCUCACAAACAUCUGACUCCAGCGGUAAAUGUCUUUUAACAAUUUCUCACAAAUCCAGUCCUCACGAAGACAAUUCCACAACAAGAAACUUCUUUCAAUUGCCUUCCAAUUCCUUCUCUACAAAGAAACUCGAAGAAAUUAAUUUUUAUGAGACUGAAAUCUCCUAAAAAUAUCUUCAAUUCCAGAACCUCCACUAGGCCCCCCUAGACAUGAAAAAUUAGCGACAUGUUGAAUUUUCCUUAAACUUCCUACUGCAUUAGGAACCUAUAAAAAUCAUCGAUAUUUCUUAUUUCAUUUCUCCAUUCUCAUGUUAUCCUCAUCUCCAAAGACUCCCUUCCUCGUCUUCCGAAUAAUUAAACCUCUAACACUCAUUAAUAACCCCGGUGACCCCGCCUCGAUCAACAACUCCCACGCCUCAUGUACUGGCAUACUCAAUAACCUCGACAUAAUUAGCCGGAAAAAGUCCAUAAGUACCAUCAGGCGCUAGUCCCUGCCACCAGCCCUCAUCAAUAGCAUCAAUAUGCGUGAUAACAUCACCCGGAUCAAACGUAAUCUCCGUAUCAUCAGCAGCUUGAUAAUCGUACAAAGCCCUAGCCUUCAUCCCCUCAUUAUUGGGAUCGAAAUAAAGGAAGUUCUCCCCGCUGAGUUGAUUGUACAAAUCAUUCUCAACGGUGCUGAUCUCCUCCGGAGGCUUUUUUUCGUCAGUCUUCACCUCAUGAUCAUGACUAGACACGACCGGAGGAUCCUUGCAGACGUCCAGAGUUUCCUUAACCUCCUGAGGUUCGUUAUUCACUACCUCCACUUUUUUCUCCUCCUCCACUUCCUGAGGCACCUGCUGUUUGUCCUCCUUCACUCUCUCAACCCUCGUCUCCCUGGGGACAGCCUUUGCAGUUGCAAAUCCAGUUCUCAUCUGUCCAGCUGCUGAAUUCUGCUCGAAAACAGCUCUAGCGUUGAUCGUCCUCUGGGCAAUGAGCUGUUGUGCCUCGUUGCUCCUCUGUCUCCUCAAUUCCUCGCUCUUGGACUUGGGCUCUUCAUCAUCACUGUCAGCCUUCGGCUGGUGAUUUCUCAGGUUCUUGAGCUCCUGUACCCUCUGCUCAGACUGUUCGAUUUUCCUGACAAUAGGCGUUGCCUCCUCCUCCCUUAUUUUACUCUGCUUUUCCUCACGCGAUCUCGUCUCCAUCUCCAUCCUCUGUCUCUCCUUCUCCCUUCUGAUUCUCUCCUGCUCUACCCUAGCCUUCUCCUCGAGCUCUUCCUUCUGCCAAAAUUCAUCGCGUUCUGUUGCAUUUAUCUCCUGCGCUGGUAUUACACGUUUGUACGUCGUACCCACCGGAAAUGUGUUACCCACGUCCUUACUACGAGGCGCUUGAAAUUUGUAAGCUGAACCUGUUGCUCUCGCCAGCUUCUCCAUGAUCAUAUCCACCUCGACAUCCUCCUCAGAACGUGCAUUUACCUGAAUGUGGGCGCCUUUGAGCAGACGUUCAAUGUCGCGAAUGUGAUUAGCACAAGUACCUUUGCGGACUAUUGGUGCGAGCUCCCCCUGCCAAUUCACCAGGACACAUUUUGGAAGGCUUGUUUUUGUGUCGAUUACACGACAGAAUGCGUACAUUAUGUGACCGCUAUUCAGGUCCUCGAUCAUCUCUUCGAGGCCACCGUCACCGGUGGACACGACCUUCAGAAUAUUCGUCUGACCCUCGUAGCCGAAGACAGCCCUAGGAACAAGUGAAAUUGGGAGGUUUAAAGGGCCCAGUAGAGGCGAAAAUGUGGGGUUUUGAGGGCAGAGACCUUAUUGAAAAUAAAGGACAUCAGCGAAGUGGGAAACUGACACAAGUUGAUUUAUCUCUAAGUACAAUAUUUGAACCAUAACUCCGAAUCUAAGGGAGAUAGGAGAAUAUUUAUUAUGACAUUUAUUGUAGUACUCAAAUCGCUCCACAAAAAAGGUUAUGAUGAAGAUUUUGAUAUCGGGCCUAGAUUUCCAGAUAUGGAUCAAAAACUAAUCAAUGGUCAAAUGUCGAACACAAUAAACAGGUUAUUUUCUCGUGUUUGACUAUUUUAUUUGUGAAUUUCCUCAUCAGUUAAUCAUCCUUCACUACUGUAUAACCAUAAAUAAAGGAUAACCAAUGAUUAUCGAAGUCAGAGGCGACGGAAAUUCUCCUCUACUUGCGACACAUAACCUCUAAACAAAAACAAUCUCAUUUCGUCAUUCACCUCUGAGUUCUCUCGAAGGAAACAUAAACAAAACAAUCUGGAAUGGAGUCCAUUGAAAGCCUCCCGAUGGACCAGGUCCCCCUUCAUCUGGAUCCAGAACUUCCCCUGGACAUUCAGCCCCUGGAGGUGGAAGUUGAAACCGAAAAAACGAAGUACAACUUCUCGAAUUCAAUGAAGUAUCGGUGGAAGGGAAAAGUUGUCAGUGAAAAGUUCUACAACAGGAAGAUGAAGCAGGUGGCGGGGAGGAUCGUGAGAAGGAGUCAAUCAACUCUCAGAGAUUCUGAGGGUGUUUCAGAUAAUUCUAACGAGCAAAACGAGUUUAACAAUGUUGAGGUAGAGUUCCCAGUGAAGGGGGAGAGAACUGUAGAUCUGGAGUUCAUUUCUAAAAUGAUGAAAUGCAGUCAGUGCCAGGGAGAUCUUUUGUUGAGGAAUAUUCAGAAGGAAAUCCGAAGGAGGUACAGGUCGAUUCUUCAUGUCGAGUGUCAGGUGUGCAAGGUCAUUAACAAAGUCCCUACUAAAGGAUAAAUAUUGGGUAUUUGUGGAGGGGAACUUUCCAUAACGUGCGGAUACAAGAGAGCAGAGACGUUCAGAAAUUAAAGAAACUAAUGACUUCAAAUGCAAUUAUUCAUUAUAAUUGAUGGUGGGUUCAGUGGUGGAGCUAUCAGAUGAAGCGAAUUACAUUUUAAUUUGAAAUUGAAGAACAAUCUUCACAAAAAUUUCGCUAUAUUUGUUAGCUUCGAUGAUAUUCGAUUUGGAAUUUUAGAAAUCCAAAAAUUGCACUUCAUCACUGGAUUCAUUAACCAGAUUUCGGAACGUGGGGGAAAACAGAACGGCGGGGGGAAGUGGAACGGUAUCUUAAUAAUGCUGCAUUAACGCAGGUUCAUUUUGCAGCACUCGUUCUGUCAUAUGAACAGAAGAUUAUCGAUAUGAAAAAUGUCUUAUGGAAUCGGGAUAAAUUCUAAUGAAAUUGAGACGACUUAAUUAUAUUUGUGAAUAAACGGUGUUGUAUAAAAUAAAUAAAGUAUUAUUUUCUCUGGA